AUGGAGUGCAUGAAAGACGAUUUCCGCAAGGAUCAGUUACUCGACGGCCGUUUUCGAACCAUUGUCCCUCUAAACCAUGGAUCUUUUGGAAUGGUCUUCUUGGCCGAGGAUAUUCAAACUCGACAAGAGGUGGCUAUCAAAUGUUUGACCAAGCCCUCUGUUACAGGUCAGACCCCAACAGGCCCCACUGCCGAUGAAGGGGCGGAAGAGCUGGCCUGUCAUGCACUCCUCAAGCAUCACGACCACUUGGUCAAUCUCGUUCAUUACUUCGCGACUGAGGCUCAUACCUAUCUCGUUCUGGAAUAUUGCUCUCAGGGUGAUCUCUACGAGGCCAUUCGUCUCAACCGUGGACCACUCCAGACCGAACACGUUCGACGCUUCAUGUUACAGCUCAUCAGUGCCGUGCAACACAUGCAUGCCAAUGGGCUGUUCCAUCGAGACAUCAAGCCGGAGAACAUCUUCCUUACCCAUGAUGGUUCCAUGAAGUUGGGUGAUUUUGGCUUGGCCACACGAAGCAUUUGGUCCUAUGAAUCUUGUGUGGGAAGUGAUCGGUACAUGGCCCCCGAGCAAUAUGAUCCCUCUGGCCAGGGUUACUCUCCAGCGAAAGCAGACAUCUGGUCCAUUGGCAUCUGUUUGCUCAAUGUCUUGUUCGCCAGGAAUCCCUUCGUGACUCCGACCGAAAGUGACGUCCUCUUUGCUGACUAUCGUCGGGACCGUCAGUCGCUGUUCGACAUCUUCCCCAGCAUGUCUCAGGAUACUUUUGAGAUUCUCUCCAUCGCCAUGGCUCUGGAUCCUGCCAAGCGUGACCUCGGAGCUUUGAAGCAAGCUGUCCUUCGAGCGGUCUCGUUCACCACCGACGAUGAGCCCUUCGAUGAGUUCUGCGCCGAGGAACGGGAUAUUGUGCGCGCCAGUGCCAACCGCGAGCCACUCAGGACACCUUCAAUUCAAAGCCCUCAAAUGGAUGGCGACUCAUUCCCCUGGGCAAAGGCUCUGCACGCAAGCUCUCCACGCAAGCAACCCUUGGCUUCCAUUCCAGACCUGUACGAUGAGGAUCUCUUCGACUCUGAGAAGUCUGUCAAACUCGGCGAAUCUUGGUACUCUGGACACGGAAACACUCCCUCCCUGGCGUCGGUCCUUGACUCGGCAUACGGCUCGUUCAAGUCCAUGGCCGUUCGUCGUCCGGCGAAUUGCAAUCCUCCAUGCCCAGACCCUGUUCCCAUUCCCAAUUCCUUACCGUCUCGCACAUCUCGACCCAUUCCCACCUUGACUUCAGUGUUUGGCAAGAAGAAUGACACUGUAGCCAAGAGUUGGAGCGACAUGUUCGAGGAAGAUGAGGAAGAGUCUGAGCGGGAGGCUGAUUCGAAAACCCGUCGGGAGCAAACCUCCCGAAGCUGGAGUGAGGAUAGCCCAAAGCCUCUUCCGGUCCCUCCUGGAGUUCUUACCGAGUCCAAGAGUCGAUCGUCGAGUAAUGCCCGUCGCAACCGGACUCCCAAACCCAUUUCGCCGACCAAGACCAAUAAUGGUUCGAACGAAAACGAUCCUUUUGGAUGGCGUGUCCGGACCCCUCGACACUCCCCCAAACAGGUUCCCGUGGAUAAGUGGGCCGCAUUGGGCAACAAGCGACGCAACUACCAGGCUGAAACUGAUAACCAAUCCUUGAGCACCAAGAAACGUUCUUUGACCACCGGAUCUCGCAAGCGAUCAACACACGGAUUUGGAUUCGACCAUCAUGGAUGGCAUCGACGUGAUAGCCGAAACAAAACCCGUCCGGCGUACCUGGACCAGGAUUGGCGUCAACAUAGGGUGAUUGACUCGUCGACAGAUGAGGACGACCAUGAGUGGGUUGGAGGUUGGCACAACUUCCAUUUGUAA